AUGGGCAACCUUCGAUCCGUUAUGCAAGAUUGGGCUUCCACCCAUGAAAAGAUCUGUAAAAUCAUAUCCAUUGUAGCUCUGGUAGUGAGCAUAAUUCUCAUUAUUGCUGGGGCUGUAUUGGCUGCGCAGAACAAUGGCAGAUGGGACAACAGGUUUGAAGAUUUUGAUGACUAUGUGGAAAGGCAAGGUCGAUUCUCAGGCGGAAUAGCGAUGAUACUUCUUGGUAUCUUCCUUUUCAUCAGCUCCAUCAUAGCAUUCUGCUUCUCAUUCCAACUGAAGUAUUUCCAGAGGAUUGUGCAACCAAGCAGCAAUCAAGCUAAUCAUCAAACGUAUUCUCAGUCACACUCUCAACAACAACAACAGAUGCCAUCUAUACCGUCCAAUACGCAGGCACCUUAUCCCACAAAUGGUAGUUACCAAGAGCCUCCUCCGAUGUACUAUCCUCCCACUGCUCCCAAUGCAAGUUUCCCUCCACCACCAUAUAAGGAGUAA